UCGGAAACACUGUCGAGGAUGUGGUUUCCUCAAAACUAGCUGCAGUGCUAAAUUGCUCAGAAGAAUCACUGUGAAACUUUGCUUUAGAAAGCAGGCGAGUACAAAUUUAGAACUAGAGGUAAAUCAUUCAUGCGGUUAUGAAGUGACUUGAUUGUGGCCAUCGACUGGGUAAAAAUCACUUAACACAACUGCUCUGCUGAGCAGGAUGCUAGCAUGUGUGGUUAGCAAACAUUUGCAGGGACUUAGCUCGUUUAACUAGCUUUAACCGUCAGCCAAGUCUUAUUAUGAGGCUUAUUUUUUUCGCUUUAUGCUUAUACUCGAUUUAAUGGACCUCUGCGCAAUGGACACCGAGGCAAUAGUGAUUCGCAUAAAAACUCCUACAGGGGACAUGGACUCGUCCGUCGAGUCUCCAUCUCUUCUGAACUUCAAUGACUUGCUGGUCGGAAUCAGAGAUAUUAUGCCUGAAGCCACUGUCACAGCAUUUGAAUAUGAGGAUGAGGUUGGGGACAGAAUCACUGUAAGAAGUGAUGAAGAACUCAAAGCCAUGUUGUCAUAUUACUGCAACACAAUGAAUGAACAACGCAUGAAUGGACUGCUGCCAGACCCGCUACAGAUUUUUCCGAGAGCCGGCAAGACUCCAGGGAUCCGGAACAUACAUGGCCUGAAGGUUAAUACGAGACCUAACCCAGCCAGUGACUGCACUCAGGGUGUCCCAGACUCCAUAGCCAACAACAGCUUAAAAAAAUCAUCUGCUGAACUGAAGAGGAUCUUGACAAAUGGGCAGAUAAAUGCACAAGAUAUUCACUAUCAAGAGCAACUCGGCCAUGGAAAUGGAGGAACAGUUUACAAAGCGUACCAUGCUCUUGGCAAGCGGGUUUUAGCUGUCAAGGUUAUUCCCCUAGAUAUCACAGUGGAACUACAGAAGCAGAUCAUGUCAGAAUUAGAAAUUCUCUACAAGUGUGAUUCACCCUACAUCAUCACAUUCUUCAGUGCCUUUUUUGUUGAGAACAGGAUAUCCAUAUGCACAGAAUUUAUGGACGGUGGUUCUUUGGAUGUGUACAAAAGAAUUCACGAGCCUGUGCUGGGGAGGAUUGCAGUGGCAGUAGUUAAAGGCCUGACAUAUUUGUGGAGCCUGAAGAUACUUCACAGAGAUGUCAAGCCUUCCAAUAUGCUGGUGAACACCCGAGGACAAGUCAAGCUCUGUGACUUUGGUGUCAGCACACAGUUGGUGAAUUCUAUUGCCAAAACUUAUGUGGGGACUAACGCAUACAUGGCACCAGAAAGGAUAUCAGGAGAACAGUAUGGUAUCCAUGCAGAUGUCUGGAGUGUGGGAAUCUCUUUCAUGGAGUUGGCGCUAGGUAUGUUCCCCUAUCCGCAGAUUCAGAAAAGCCAAGGAUCUCUAAUGCCUCUGCAGUUACUGCAAUGCAUCGUUGAUGAGGAUCCUCCGGUCCUUCCUGUCGGCCAGUUCAGUGAGAAGUUUGUUCACUUCAUCACUCAGUGCAUGCGACGACAACCCAAAGAGAGGCCUGCCCCUAACAACCUCAUGGAUCACGCCUUCAUCGUUCAGUAUAAUGAUGGCAAUGCAGAGGUGGUGUCGAUGUGGGUUUGUCGCUGUCUGGAGGAGAGGCGAGCUCAGCAGGCUCAGGGUCGCAUCUGACGCUCUCCUGCCAUCCGUCCAUGGUGGACCAGAAUGUUUGAUCCCAAACCUUGGACACUUAUCAAAGACUUCCGGGUCAAGUAUGUCCAUACAAGUGAAUUUAUGUUGCAUGGACAAGUCACCCGAUGUGAAAUACUUUGUGAGUAGUUUUUAUUUAACAGUAUUAAUGCGCCGUGACAAUGAGGAACUCGCAUCCUUUGAACGGAAUAUUAAUCUCUGCAUCCAGAAAGCGCAGAUAAAUCUGUGCUUUCCUCACUCACAGCUUGGUCCCCAUGUUUUUCAGGAGUAUACAGAAAUGCAGUGAGCAUCACAGUCUGAUGAAUGGAGAUAAAUAUUUUCCUAAUUUAAAGGAUCAGGAGCAUUAAACAGUGUCAAAGCACAAGACUGCAGUACCCUGGCAGAGCUGUGCUGUUUCUAGGAUGGUGUCUCAAAUAACCGCCUUGUGCUUUACUGUUGGCAGCCCUCUAGUGAAUGUUAAGGUUUUUGCCUGUGACUAACUGCUCAUGUAUGUGCCUGUUUUUCCACUGGUGUCAAUUUAUUACCUCAACAAAUUUAGGUAAUUACCUGAAAUAGCAAGAUUUCUCCCCAUAAUGUAGCGAUUUUCAUCUUGUGGAAUAGAACAUGUAUGCGGUUAUUCCCAACUCUGUGAGGUAGGGAGUUAUUUGAAUAGUUCCAGUGAGUCUGAAGCAGCUCUACAAUGUUACACAGCGGACUGAAACAUUGACAUGUCUUUGUUUUUAUUCUUGAGCUCACUGAACAGACAAUUUAUUUUUCACGUUCGGCAGGAGGAGCCAGGGUUUAUUUCUGUUUAAACCCGUUCUUAACUUGGCUGCGUGUCCUUUCUUUCCAUUUUUUCCCAGACAUGCCUGUCAUUGAAUGUCACUGAAUAAAAUGAUGGACAGGAAGUCUCCACUUUCAUUCAACAGCUGUUUGUUUUUCUAGAAACCAUUAAGAAUUGUAAAGACCACAGACAGUUGAAGCAAAACCUCUCAAGAACCUGUUUCAAGUUUUAUCUACUGUCACGAGUAAAUUCUUACUUUAUCAAGAUAUGUACUGUAUAGAAAUUCUGCCUUUUAUUGGAUUACCCAGUGAGUAGAGGGAAAACACUAUACCUAACACCAAAGACCAUUGACAAGCCAAAUGGUUUAUUAUAUGGAUUUCUCAUGACUAAGGCAAAGAUAAUGGCUUAAGUGACUAACAUGAAUUGAUUCGACAACCACUUUAUGUGCAGCUGACGAAAUUUAUAAAGCUUAAGUGCAGUUAAAUGGUAUUUCCACAAAGGCACCAUAAAUGCAGCCUUCGGUGGCACAUGUACAGUGUGAGAAUGUAACAGCAGAACAUCUGUGUAGCUGAAAAGGCUUAAAACACCAGUUUAUUAUACAAGUGAUGUGUGGUCUCUUCAGUGCCCUGUUUUUUCACCUGCUAUGAUGAGGCGACAUGGAUAGGUAGACCUCAUUCACUGGCCUUUUAACAGUAAAUCAUCCAAAACAUGGGCCCAAUUUUGUUGUUUGUAGAGCAAAUAAACGUGCUCCAUCAUGUCAUUCAAAAUUUGGGAACUCAUUAUUUUGCAUUUAAUAUUCAGAAUGGGUCCUUUGUUGUUUUUUUGUUUUGUUUUGUUUUUUUUUUUGCUACCUGAAGUAACAUGCUUUUUGAUUUAAGUAAUGCUUUUCUGUACAGGAAAUAGUAGAAAUAUUUAAAUCUCAAACUUGUGUCCCAGCUCCAAACUACAUACUAAUUCUAAUCAGGUUUUGAAUAUGUAGUGGAUGUAUGCAUAACUAAAUGAAUGUAUUCAAAAAUCCAAGUGGCCAUACAUAUCUGCCGGGGGGAGGGAUGUUUGUUUGUUUUGGUUUUUGUUCUUUUAUUGUUUUCGUGGGUCUAUUUAACGGCACUGUCAUCACUUGUUGUUAAUGAGUCUUAAAAACAAGAAAAUCAAAUUUGACAAAAGAAAAUUAUUUUGACUCAAGGUUCACUUACAAGGUUUUUCCAAAACUAAGAAGACCACAAAAGGCAGUUUGAAUGUCGCGGUUAAAUCUAGCAUUUUGUCAGGCUGCAGUUUCCAAGGUCAAGAAUGAACAUUCGCCCUCGGGACAAACAUGUUUCUUUCUUUUGAAGAUUCACAGUUUUAUAUCACUGUGAGUGUUCAAAUCACAGUUCGUCCAUCUGCACACAUUUUGUAUAAUUUAUUUUACAAGAACCAAACUAUUAAAUAAAAUACAUGUAUGCUUCCCACAGUUAUGUGGAUUUCUGUGCACUGUCAUUCAUUUUCAGUAAAAUGUUAAUAUUGCUCCAGUAAUUGAACUCAAAAUUUGAAGAUGUUCAUGUGCAAUUAAAUGUUAUAUGUGCAUUUGUUUUCCAGUGGUUGCACAAAGAACAUUAUGUGUACUCUGCCUCAAAACACAUAUAUUGUCAAUUGUAUUCAUCAAACUCACUUUGGGUAAGUCCAGUUCUACUGUACUGUUGAUACAUCUGUGAGAAUUGCACCUAACAUUAAGCUGGGCUAAAAUGUAACCAGAGGUAUAAGUACUUCAGUCUGGUAAAGGAAAUAGUCGGAGUGCGGUGGUCGUUGACUGAUGAUUGCAAAUGUUAUACAAUUUAUUCAUGCAACUCAAAAGAAACAGAAGAAAACCAUUUAUUUUCUCAACAGAUGUACUAGAGUUUGGCGAUAUCCUCAUUGACUGAGUUUUAAAUAUGAAUUUGUCAUAUCAGUGGGAACACACACGCACAUAUAUAUUUGUUUUUUGUUUUCAGCCUGCAGAGAUCAUCUCUUGUGACUCUUGUCCUGUUAUUUUUUUCAUAUUUUUGUGUAAACCACAAAGCAUCAAGCUAGUAAUGGGACUCAGCAGAAAUAUUAGUGCUGUGAUGUUACUGGCUGAUUAUGGCCUUUUCUGUAAUUAUCUUGUCGGCACAUAUUCCAACAGUAAUGCUCAAAUAAAAUGUAU